AAGUCAGCUGGGAUCUCCAGGGCUUCGGGUUUCCUGCUGAGAUUUAUAUUUGCCGCUGGCUGUACGUCAAGGGGUGCAGAGUGGGAAAGCUGGACCAUGUGGCUUUCCUCAGCUCUGCUUCUUCUCAGUUUCCCAGGCUGCCUCUCCAUCCAAGGCCCAGCAUUUGUGAGGGGCCCAGAGCAGGGGUCAGUGACUGUGCGAUGUCGAUAUAGCUCAAGAUGGCAAACCAACAAGAAGUGGUGGUGUCGAGGAGCAAGCUGGAGCUCUUGCAGGAUCCUCAUCCGAACGACGGGGUCGGAGAAAGAAACAAAGAGCGGCCGGUUGUCCAUCAGGGACGAUCAGAAAAAUAACUCAUUCCAGGUUACCAUGGAGAUGCUCAAGCAAAACGACACGGACACUUAUUGGUGUGGUAUCGAAAAAUUUGGAACUGACCGGGGGACCAGAAUUAAACUGACCGUUUACUCAGUGGGUAAAGAUACCAUGUCAACUUCUAACCAACUUUCCUGGUCCACUAUAGACAGCAGCGCAGACAUGGUGUCUUCUGACUUGCAGAAGAGGACCCAUUACAUGCUCCUGGUAUUUGUGAAGGUGCCUGCCUUGCUCAUAUUGGCUGGUGUUGUCCUCUGGCUGAAGCGGUCAACUCAAAAGGUCCCUGAGGAAUGGAGACACACUCUCUGUAGCAAUUUGGACUCUGAACUUCUGGCUAAAGACAUUUCUCCUUAGACUGAUGGAUAAGCAGAGCCCUUCCAUCCUGGACUCUCAUUCCAGAGGAGACCAUGACCAGGGAAGAAAUAUCUUUAAAUCCUCAGUGGGCGGUGACUGAGGCUGAUCCCUGGAGGACUCGGCCAGGCAUGAUCUACACUCUGUACAGCAUGGGGCCACAGCUCAGGCCCUUCCUGAGGUAUCAUCCCAGCUGCAUGGACAGCACCUCGCUCUCCCCUUGCAUCAUCAGCCCUACCCCAUCUACCCACCAUGGUCAGCCCAGGGUGAGAACCAACGGAAUGCAGCCCAAGCUACAGAAAGACAACUGUGUGUGACCUGCUGCAAAUGCUUGUGCAGAGCCUGGGACAGACACACAGAGAAGCAGAAGGGACCAGUGGGGUGGCUAAAUCAUCUAUCCUAUGACUCUGUCAUAGAAAACCCUGUGAGAGUGGAGCAGGUGUCCAUUCUCCAUGUUCCGGACACUGCGCCCACCCCUAGCAUGCACUUCUGAGGAAAAGUGAAGAGUAAAGCCUGCCUGACAGGCCCAGGGUCUGAACUGUGGAGAACUCAGGAAUCCAAGACUUAGCCACAGGAACUAUGGGUGUGUUUCCCAGCAGGUGUGUUUGACUCCAGGGCCAGACGCAGAAGGCUGCAUAGCCUUAAACAGAUCUUCGGACUACACAGACAUGCUGGCGUUAAGCAAGAGUUAGCCAGGAGAGAGCAGCAGAGAGCUCAGGAGGCAGAGAGAGAGCUGUAUGCUUUCCCACCUAGAUCCUCCCCACAGCCCGAACUGCAGAGGAAGUCAGGCCAAGGGUAGCUCACAGAGUAACUACCAACAGCACCAACUAGGAAGGUAGAGGCCGAGAGAUUGCUCCUCUUAUCACAGGGUUCUUCGGCCUUUAACUGUAGUUGGGGGUGGGGGCAGGAAAGAAGCUUAACAUGAACUCUGCCUUUUUCAAGGAGCUUCCAUUGCGCAGCCCAGAGCUGACAUGCACAUUGCAAAGACAUCAUAUCUCUAGAACAUAUACAUCUUGCAGGACUCAGACUCCCAGCCUACUGAGCAACACCUCCUGCCCCCAACCCCAACACCACCUCACCUCACCAGGCCCUGGCUACCACCAUCUAACUUUUUUUUUUUCCUUUAGGAGUUCUGCUAUUGCACCUGAGUGAAGUCAUGAGGUGUUUGUCAUUUCUGGGGUUGCUUUAUCUUAGUUAGCAUUAGUCACGUCCCCAAAGGACCAUCCACCUUCUAGCAGAUGAUAAAAUUCCUUUAUGUUAAAUGCUGAAUAGCAUCCUGCUGCAUGGAUAUACCACACUUUCUUUCUCCGCUCAUUUACUCACAGGCUUUUUGGUCGUUUCUGCUCUCGGCCUUUAUGGAUAAUGUAACAAUGAGUGUGAGUGUAUAGGUUUCAGGGUUAGAUGCUGCCUUCAAUUCUCUCUCAUAUGAUCGAGAUGGUUGGUCUUGAUUGACCUAGGAGACACACCUCUAAACCUCUCUAUAAAGGUGCUUCCAAAGAAGUUUAACUGAGGAGAGAUGACCCACUCUGGGUUUGGACACUCACCAUCUCAUAGCCUGGGGCUUCAGACUAAAUAAAAAGUAGGAAAGAGAUAAAGCAAACCGAGCACUCAUUGGUCCGUCUCGCUUUCCUUCCUGAGAAUGAAGUGUGGCUAGCCCACUCAUGACUAGUGCUACAGAUAGUUCCACUCCCGCUACCGUGCCAUCCUCACCAUGAUGGACCGUAGUCCUUUCAACUGUGAGCCAACAUAAACUUUCCUUCCUUCCUUUCUUCCUUCCUUCCUUCCUCCCUUCCUUCCUUCCUUCCUUCAGUUGCUUUUCUCAGAUGUUUUGUCACAGCAGUGAGACAAGUAAUUAACACGUAUGCCCGAGAGUAUUGCUGGGUCACAUGACAAUCCUCAUCGUAAUUUUUUUUUGAAUGAUCUUUGUAUCCUUUUCUGCAUUGACUACGAAGUUUUACAUUCCCACCAACAGGAUGUAAACACAUUCCGAUUUCUGUACAUCAUCAUCUACGUUUAUUGUCUUCUGUCUGCUUAUUUGCUAUGACAACCAUUCUCCAGGUGUUUGCAUUUAUACUAUUUCCCUGAUAAUUGGAGAUGUUGGGCAUCUUGCUACAUUCUUACCGUUCAAGUCCUUUGCCCAUUAAAAACAAUUUCUCUUUUUACUUUAAUUUGUAUUAUUGAACUAUGUGCAUCUGCGUGUAGCUUUGUGACCAUGACAUAGUACUUGUAAGGGUCAUAAGAGAUGUGCUGUUUAUGGGUCACCCACAGUCACUCAUUCUCAGCACUUUGACCAGGUAAGAGUUUCUUCUUCUCUGAUCAAGGGCAAGAGCAGCACUAGUCUCUCUAUAUAUAAACACAACUAUUUAGAAAGCAGUUUGACUAUGUGUCUGUUUGGCAAAAUAUCCGAGUGCUUCUGAUCAAGGGUACAGUACUAGGCUUUUACUCCUUCCCAGGUAGUGGGCCUCAAAUUCAAGAAGUAGUGGUUGGCUACUGGUAAGGCCUAGGUGAAAUGUUAAGGCGUAGGUAACUGUUGCCUAUCUGCCCUGCCAUUUUGCUGUUACUGAUGUUACAAAGAAACUUUCUCAUAUUCUGUUCCUUGCUGUUACUAGGAUGUUCUGUGCUUAAGUGUUCUUGGAAACCAAUCACAAUAGAAGUCACUUAGAACUGCUUUGUAUAGUUAGCCGCAGUAAGCUUGGACAUGAACCAACCAUCAGGUAGCACUUCCUGCACCUGGGUAUGAGUUUUUAUGGUCUUUGCCCAAGUUGCCCCUGGAUGGACCCAAACAUAAGAGAGACAUCUUCAUCAAUAUAAGAAGCUAUUUGGAAUCAGACUUCCAUUUUGAGUAGGAGUCAAAUAAAGUGUAAGUUCCCAAGACCUCCCUGGGAACUGACAUCCUACUUGGCAGAAAGAGACAUGUGCAUGGGUAACUGACAUCCUGGUUGGCAAGUUAAGACAUAAAUGUUAGGCAAGGCAAGUCUCCUGCCACAGCUGAACACCCCAAACAACGGGAGCAGGAUAAAUGUACAACAAAGACACAUUUCUAAGGCAACUCCCAUCCCUAAGUCCUGAUUGAUGGAAUAACUUGGUACAGAUGUUUGUGGAUUUGGGACUUAAAAGUCAUGUAGGAUCUUACCUCAAGAAUGAGGUCCAGAUCAAGAAGGCGGUUUAGCUCCUGCAUCUGGGCUGCAUCCCUGAUAGAUUAGUCGUGGGGUAUGGUGUUCAAUAAAGCAUCCCUAUUUGACCGAGA